UGGGACCUUGAUCUUGUGAAGUUGCUGCAGCUUUAUUCCUCCGUGCAAUCUCAAGUAUUUGAAGAUCUGAAGACGGAAGUUUCAAAAUCAACAUGUGAAGGGCUUAUGCCUAGAACAUCGACUCUCCUGUUCCUCGAAUGCUGCCUGACCUAUGUUUUCCAGUGCUGCAGUUUUCGAUUCUGACUGUCCAUCCUCUACAGUCCUCAAUUUCACAUCUAUGAAAGCAGUAAAGCUUUUUGAUUCCUGUUUCAAUAAGUUUUUAGCAUCAGUGGACUGGAUGAGAAACCCGACUGUUGCAGUGCACUGUGUGGAGUCUGAAACAGUUACACGGCCUGGAAAAAGGAAUUCACGGCGGGGAGUGCCUGUAUAUACAUUAGGGUGUGGCUGAAGCUUCAGCCAUGGAGAAACCCGAGGAAUCCCAUCCCGUGGAGAAACCGUGGAAGUGUGGUGACUGCGGGAAAGGCUUCCGUGUCCCGUCUGCCCUGGAGACACAUCGACGCAGUCACACUGGGGAGAGGCCGUUCUCCUGCCCCGAGUGCGGGAAGGCCUUCAGCGAUUUCUCUGCCUUGCUGUUGCACCGGUGGGGCCACACGGGGGAGAGGCCCUUCAGCUGCCCCGAGUGCGGGAAGGCCUUCAGCAAAUCCUACUCCCUGCUGAGGCACCAGUGGGUCCACACUGGCAAAAGGCCCUUCAGCUGCCCCACGUGCGGGAAGGCCUUCAACGAUUCCUCUGCCCUGCUGAACCACCGGAGAGUCCACACCGGUGAGAGGCCCUUCAGCUGCCUCGAGUGCAGGAAGGGUUUCACUCGCUACUCCCACCUUGUAUCCCACCAGCGGGUGCAUAGCGGCGAGAAGCCCUUCCACUGCCCCGAGUGCGGGAAGGCUUUCAGUAAUUCCUCCAACCUGCUGACCCACCGGCGGGUCCACACCGGCGAGAGACCCUUCAGAUGCCCUGAGUGCAGGAAAGGCUUUACGUGCUCCUCUGACCUGCUGAAGCACCGGCGGGUCCACACUGGGGAGAGGCCCUUCGGCUGCCCCGAGUGUGGGAAGGGCUUUACCCAGUCCUCUGACCUUCUGGCCCACCUGCGAGUCCACACCGGGGAGAGGCCGUUUGCCUGCCCCAAGUGCAUGCGGAGGUUCACAUUGUCCAGCAACUUGCGGAAGCACCAACGUGUUCACACCGGGGAGAGGCCGUUCACCUGCUCUCAGUGUGGGCACAGAUUCACUGAAGCAUCCCACCUCGUGAGACACCAGCGCAUACACACCGGGGAGAGACCAUUCACUUGUUCCACAUGUGGGAAGGGAUUCAGUCAGAUGGGCAACCUGCAGACGCAUCAGCGGGUCCAUACUGGAGAGAAGCCGUUCACGUGCCCCAUGUGCGGGAAGGGGUUUGCUCAGUCAUCUAGACUGCUGACCCAUAAGCGGGUACACACCGGGGAGAGGCCAUUCACCUGCCCUGUGUGCGGGAAGGGAUUCACUCAGUCAUCUACACUGCUGACUCACCAGCGGAUCCACACUGGUGAGAAGCCGUUCACAUGCUCAGUGUGUGGGCAGGGAUUCAGUCAGAUGGGCAACCUGCAGACACACCAGCGGGUCCACACUGGAGAGAAGCUGUUCACCUGCUCAAUGUGUGGGAAGGGCUUCGUUCAGUCAGCUGCACUCCUGACCCACCAGCGGGUCCACACCGGAGAGAGGCCGUUCACCUGCUCUCAGUGUGGGAAGGGAUUCAUCAAUUCUUCCACCUUGCUGACCCACCAGCGGGUCCAUACAGGGGAGCGACCCUUCACCUGCUCUCAGUGUGGGAAGGGAUUCAUCAAGUCUUCCACCCUGCUGACCCACCAGAGGGUCCACACUGGGGAGAGGCCAUUCACCUGCUCUCAGUGUGGGAAGGGAUUCAUUGAUUCUUCUGGCCUGCAGACCCACCAGCGGGUACACACUGGGGAGAGGCCGUUCACCUGCUCUCAGUGCAGGAAGGGAUUCACCCGCUCCUCCCACCUGCGGAGGCACCAGCGAGUUCAUAUGCCAUCGCAGGAAGAUUGAAGGAGCAAUGGCCCAGUGCCAUUAUUGACUGGACUAUCAACCCUGUUCUGGGGAUCCUGGGUUUGCAUCUUGCCACGGCCGAUGGUGGAAUUGGAAUUCGGUCUGAAAUCUGGAGUUCAGAAUCUAAUGAUGAAACCAUUUUCAGGAGGAAAAAGCCCCACCUGAUUCACUUGUACUUUUUAGGAAAGGGAACUGCCGUUGUCAGAAAGGAUUCACUUGGUUGUCCCAGAUGCAUCCUUAACACGUGACUUCAGACCCACAGAUGUGUGGUUGACUCUUGACUGCAUCCAUCUCCUACUCCCUGCCCUGGCAAAUAGUGGGGAGAAACUUACUUGGAUACAGGUGUGUGCAUUGAUAGUGCUGAGUGAGGCAAUACUCCCUACAGGUUAAGGUACCAAGGAUCCAAUUACAUAGGGACAGCUCAGUCCUGACCAAUACUAAAGUGGGUGGGGGUUCAAAGGUUGUGAGAAGAUUUGUAGCUUGGGUGCUCAUUGUUGUGGUUCUGAUCGCCGAGCUGGGAAUUUGUGUUGCAGACAUUUCGUCCCCUGUCUAGGUGACAUCCUCAGUGCUUGGGAGCCUCCUGUGAAGUGCUUCUGUGAUGUU